AUGCAUAUUGAUAAGUUGCUGAUUGUUUUUAUUUUUUUAAUAAAGUUAUGUGUGUGCCAUACAGAAAAAGGAGUUAAGAAGGAAAUCGUUUCUAUAAAUAUUGAUGAAUUUAAUAAUAUUUUAAAAGACGAAGGAAACUAUACACUUUUAAUAGUGUACACACACUGGUCAUACAAUUCAAAUUUAUUAUUAGAAAACCUAGACAAACUAUCCAAACUUUUAUUGUAUGAAGAGAAUAUAAAGUUAUGUAAAAUAAAUGCAGCAGCAAAUACAUUUAUUAUAGAUAAGUUAGAUGUGUAUAGUUAUCCAUCUUUAUUUAUGAUUCGAAAUAAAGAAAUAUAUAGAUAUAAUGGUGUGAAUAAUAUUAGAGGAUUAUUAUUAUGGAUAUAUCAAUACUUAGAUUUUAAAAUAUAUGAAAUUAAUAAUAUAGAGAGAUUAGAUGUUUUUAUAGAUUUGAAUGAAUAUAAUAAUACCAUUUUAUUUUUUAUAUUUAAAGAUUUAGGAACAGCAAAUAAUAAUAUAAAUAAUAUAUCAAGAAUAAAUGAUUUAAUAAAUAUAUGUCUUCUAACUAAUAAAACACUUUGUUAUUAUAUAAAAGAAAAUAAUGUUAUAGAUUAUUUCGAAAAAAAUAUAAUACAGGAUAAAUAUCAUUAUAAUUUAAAAAACAUAAAUCAAGAUUCAUAUUAUGCAAUAUUAUUUAAAAAUGAUGAAUUUGAUGAUUAUUUCUUCCCUCUUAAUAAAAAAGAAUUAGAUAUGUUAAGUAAUAAUGAGUAUACAAACGAGGAAAAAAUAGAUCAUUUAUAUAAUUGGAUAAACGAAAGAGAACAACCAUUAGUUAUACAAUUUUCUGAACAUUUCUUUUCUAUGCUAUUUUCAAAUGACGCUGUUACACUUUUUAUUAUUUAUAAUAAUAUAAAUAAUAUUAAUAAAGACGAUAUAAUAAAAUGCGCGAAGAAAUAUAAUCAUAAGAUAAAAUUUGCAAUAUCUGGUACGACACAAAUUUUUGAAAAGCGAUUACUCAAUGAGUUGCUUAUAGAGGAUAAUAUUAAAAAACCCCUUAUGAGGAUAACAGAGUUUAAAAAUUAUAUAAGAUUUCCUUAUAAAUAUAAGCCACAAAGUGAUGACCAGGAAAUAAACGAAAAGACAAUUGAUGAUUUUAUUAAUGGGUAUUUACAAGAAAAAAAAUACUUUUAUAGAAAAAGUGAACGAGCCUUACCAGAUGAAUAUAACAACGGAUAUAUAAAAAUUAUUGUCGCGGAUAAUUAUGAUCAAUAUGUUUAUAAAAAUGACAUGAAUGUUAUUGUAUUGUAUUACGCUCCUUGGUGUGGACACUGUUAUAAAUUCGAACCUGUUUAUAGAGAAGUAGGAAAAAGAUUAAAUUUGUAUGCAGCCAAGUUCAAAAAUUAUAAAAAUGAUAUUAUUAUAAGUAAAAUUGAUGCCGUAAAUAAUGAAAUAUAUAACAUACAUAUAGAGGGAUAUCCUACUAUAUAUCUAUAUAAAAAGGGGGACAAAUUAAAUCCUGUAAGAUAUAUGGAGGGAAGGACCGUCAAAAAUAUUAUCACGUGGAUUUGCAAAGAGACCCAAUCAAAUAUAGACAUAUCAGAAUUUCUUAAUAUCGAUCUUGACAAUGAACAACUAUUUGAAAAUUAUGAAGAAUUAUAA